AGAGCGAGGAGCCACCUCACUUUCUUUCCAUCAAGAGAUGAUCGGGCGUAUACGCUACUCCACAACUACUAUCUUCUUUUGAUAGGUUCCUUACAAUCACCGAUAAGACCGUUUUAUCUGCUAUCAUGGCCAAGCAGGUUAGCUCGACUUAUUAUUCUAGUUUUCCGCGUUGCAAAAUACUUUUAUUACCAAGUCUCUGUGGGCACUUCUGUCUUGGACGUGAUUGACUGACCGAAUCAAUCCAAGGAAAUCCCCGAAUUCCUGAGCCCCAACGAAUCUUCUGGAGAGGAGGACACAGCUAUGCUUGACCCUGCUACUAGGGAACUGACAGGGGUGACUGGUAAUCUCGUCUAGCCAUUCGAGUCUAGGUGCUAACAGAACUAUCAUACAGUCUGACUCAGAUGCUGAAGGAGUUGUCGAGGUAACUACCGGGUUUCACCCUUCUGUACUUGGUGGGGAAUAUAACUUAAAUAUCCGUCGAGCAGAAGAUUUCAGCUUCUACAAAGGCAAUUAGCAAAGCAAUUCAGGGUACGAAAAAGCCCUAAGCUGAUGCUCUGGUUUCAAUAGAGGAAAAACAGGAAAAAUCAAGUGGCGACGUUGGGUCCGGGGGGGAAGUAACUGACAUCCCAAUAGAUGACGCGGAGUCAGAAGAUGAAGGCUCGUCCUCAGACCACGAAGAGGAAGAAGAACGGGCAGAAACUUUCAAGGAGCCCUCCAACAAGCUUGAUAACACCGAAGUUGUUGAGACUACCGAAGUUGAGAACACCAAACGAAAGAGAGGAGGGGGGAGGAUGAAGAUAGUAGCAGGUCCACGGAUGAUGGAUCUGGUGAGGGUGAUGCUCGAGCAGCACUGCUGGAUGAGGGGGUACGCCCAAAUUUCUGUAUGCUUUGGCCAUGAUCACCCUUCAAUGUUUGACUGACUUUUCAUGCAUUAUAGGAAUCGCCAAGUCCCGGUCCUUCUCUAAAGAAGAGAAAGUCAACAACUGGGAAAUCCAUUCCAGGCGUAACUCCACCGCCAACCCCCGAAGAAAUCCAGAGCAAAAAAAGAUGCUAAGGGGUGUGAAAGAAGAGGUGAAGUAACCGAUGUCGAAGAUACUGGCACAAAUGACGGAGGUGGGGCUUCCAUGGGGAGGCCUCAACCAAAGCCAAAACGUGGAGGAAAGAAAAAGGGAGCCCACACGACUCUUGUGAAGGCGUCAUUGCCAUCCCCGGCGAAGCCCAGAGGACGCCCUAAAAAGUCAACUAAAAAGGACCUUAAGGUGCAAAACGACGGAGAUGAGUCCCCCCAAGGGCAGGGCAAAUCAGCAGAAGGAGGGGGUAUAACUGCAGGUGAGAUUGGGGUAAUUUUUGAGAUAUUGACCGCUGGCGCAGAUUGGGCUGCCAUUGUUGCGGAGACGAACGCUCUUAUAGGGCUCAAGAGACUCGGACAAAACGUUUCAAAGCAUUGGAAAACCAUUGCCAAAAAGAGGCUGCUGGAUGCAUACGGUGCUUGAGUGUUCUGGAAGUGGACGUAUGGAAGAGUGUAUUAUUGGGUGGGUUAGUGGAUAUCUUUUGCCCAACUGCUAGCACAAGUUAUAUAUAUAAGGUUAUUCUAAAUAACUUUUUCUACAAUAAGAUGCUUACAUUAUGUUAUUAAAUAAAGGUUGAAUGUUAUGGAUA